UUGAAUUUUCUUUCGAAAUUGGUUUCUAGUCUAUAACUUUUGAUUGAGAAGUCUGAUCGAAAAAGUACGAAUUGUUUUAAUCCACGAGUGAUUAACCUUGUUUUGUAUUGUAUUGGUGGAUCAUCAAUGUUUGGGAUUAAUAAUUAUUCAAAUUAUUGUAUUUAUUUGUCUUUCCCAACAAAUGUUUAUGUAUGGCUUUCAUAUACAGGGUCAUUCUUGACGAGCGCCAGUUAGAAAGAUAUGGAGAACCUUUGAAAAUGAAACUAAACUGACAAGUCCUUUAAGGGUUUUGGCACAUGAUGAAUUGAACUAAAAUAUUUUCAAGAUGGCUCCACUUCCGCAAAUACCUGAAGUAGCCAUCAACUUUGUUAUUUUAAAUAGGGGCCCCCUAUUUUGUCUACAUUUUCGGAUUCUACGUUGUAGCGGAACACCCUUAUGGGUGCAGGGCUGGUUUCGGUUCGUCGGCAAUGGGGGGGAAAAUAAAACCCACGUAUGCUGGUUGUAGUUUAUGUUGAGAAACGCUUAACGAAUAAACACACUAAUUACAUAAGGACAUUGACAAGUGACGACGCUUACUUAACGACCUUACAUUAAAAUUUUUACCUAAAAAUAAUUAGGCGAAACUACAGUAGUUAUUUUAUGGUUCGUGCAGCGAAAUCAACACUUAGGAAUACAAUGGCCCCAUAAUCGAUAGGUGAACGAAAGUAAGGGGUUAUCUUACACACAGAUUUCGAGUUUGAACGUUUAGUUUUGCGCAACGACCUCUCUAGGUUAAGUUACGUACAAUUGGUGUAAUGUUGAAAAGAAUUCUUUAAAUUUGGCGCGUUCCACUAUAACGUCGAAUUUGGAGUACAACGAUACCCCAUAGUUGACCCUUUGCUCCAAGGGGUUUGUCGAUAUUCAAGUUUUUAUGUCAAAAUCAUCCUUUAGUAAUAAACUUACCCACCUUACCACCUACUUUGCGUGCAAUAAUAUAGUCCGUUUUAAGACAAAAUGAUUUAAUUGUCCACAUUUAUUGCAAUUUUUCCCAAAGGACAUUCACGAACUCCAUUAACAGUCUGACACCUUCUACAUUGAAACUUUACACCAGGCUCCAGCACCUUUUUCUCACCACUGGUUGUCAAUCUUUUAACAUUAGGUACCUACACAUACUAAAAGUAGUUUUUCUCUUCAGAAUUUUGUUUUAAUAUAUGCAUUCAAUAAGUAGGAAAUGAGACUGGUGGGUAGGUAGUACCUAUGUGCUUUAUAUAAAAAUAUAAAAUAAGCACUAGGUACAACAAUUGCAAAAAAAGAUCACCAAUUUGCGUGCAGUUGAAUUAAUAAAUAGUGACAUCGUACCGUAUCUGUAUUGAUUCGAUUUUAUAUAUCAAAAUUCCAGAAGUCAUCUUAUUGCGAUUGUGCACGUUCUUUAUUUAGAGUUUUAAAAUAUAUUUAGUAAGACAGAGUUCGUCACGAAAUCCGUACCUGCCUCUCCCGUUGAAAUUUUGCACGAAUAUAUUAAAUUAAAAUGGCAUUAAGUGAAUAUCCAACAGUGAAUAAUAAUCUGGUUCAAGAAGGUAUUGCCCAUUGGAAUAAGAAAAGGGAAGCGGAUGAGAAAGUGAAGCUGGAAGAACAGAUCAAGAUGAGAGAAAUGUUGGAAAGGUAUUGGCCGUGGGGUAAGAAACCGCAACCCAGAGGCUAUAGAAAUUUAAAGUUGGAUGAAAUAAUUCCCAGCGAAUCAGUGCGCCCUUUAGGUCUGGGGCGAUCAGUAGUAGGUCGCCCGCAGAUUCGCACGAAAGAGCAUCCAAUAAUUCGCUUUCAGUGGAACGAGGAUUUAAGAAAGUGCGUCGAUAACACAAUACGUUAUAAAACUAGUAAAGAACAGUGUACCCAAUAUCGGAAGCAGCUAGAUGCCCAGGUAGCGGAGAGGAAAAUGCGUGAAAAAUGGGAGAAGGAAAACGAAACGGAGUUUUAUCGAAGAUCGUUUUUGAGAACUCCUCCGUGGGGUAGGCCAGGUCCGGGUGGAACUAACUGGAGACCACCGCGGAGUGUAGGAUUUAAUUUUUUAAAGUCAUUGGGUUGGUCGACCGAGAACACAUUGAAGUCGUUGGCGAGCAAACCUGAUAAUCAUCACGAGGGUAUAUUGAAAGAGUACGAGAACUUUAAAAAGGCUGUUAACUCCGAGGGGGUUCGUUUGGAAGGCGACAAGUCACGUAACGAUCGUUUUUUAAACGAACGAAUCGAGUCAGCUUUAAACAAGCGCCGACUCUCACCAUUAAAGCGGGAAAAGGUUAAUGGCGAAGAGUUGGUGUCGCUCUUGGCCAAGCAGAGGGUUGUCCCCAAGAAGAUGCAUCUGGGCACAACUGACGUUACAAGAGGCAAUAACGAAACGAAAAAACACACAGGUUCCGACUACUUGCAAAACUUAACGAAUCAAAUGGAGGUAAAAAGGCAAUACGUGCAGGAACUGAAGGAAAUUGAUGUUGGAAACGUGCGGCGACAUUUUGAGUCGCUGGACAACUUUUGGGGAAGGCCUGGGAACGGAGCUCCUCGGUCAACAUUGAAAAAGGGAUGCUUGGAUCGUUUACUUUAUAACAUCUACGCUUAAUUGUCGAAUUUACUUAUAUAUAAUAAUAUAAUUUAAUAAUAUUGUAUCUAUUUAAAAGUAUUGACAGUAGAAUUUCAACAGGCAAAGCUCAAUGUUUAGUGCAAGUUAUGUCAUAAUUAUCUACCUAUGUAAACGGGUCUCUUGUGCUACCCUAACAUACACAAUUACAGCAGUAUCACUAAACUCAAUUUGGAGAAUUUUCAUUCAGCAAUAUAGCUAACUCUUAAUUAGUUUUUAAUUAUGCAUUUCUAAAUAAUGGAUAAUUUUUAACUUCUGAAUCGACACUCGUAGCUUAAGGAAUCCCGAUUAAUGUUUGCCACUUGGCUUCAAAUUUUGAAAAUGAAUCUGUACACUUUCAUUUUAAAAUUUGAUCCUUGAAUCUACCUAAAAGUAAAGUUAAAAGUUUGAGUUUUUAUUUAAACGUCAAGAAGAAACCUUUUAACCUUGAGAUUGAAAUUUGAGGCUUUCAUUUGGAAAGAUUGAAGUUUGAGGGUUGCUUUCAAAACUGGCAAAUUUGAGACGCGAGUGAAUUGUGGCACUUGCUCACUUAAAAAUUGUUUGAAAACUUGAAUCCCAACGGUCGAAUCCCUAAAAGUAAGAGAUUGAGACUCUGCCUCUGUCAUGGAAACUAAAAUUUUCUAAAAGAAAGUAGGCAUCAAAAGGAAGGUUUCAGGGCGAUUUUGGGUAAAUAAAAUUAAAAAUUCGAUGCAACUGAAUACCGGACCAUCUUCGAGAUCUUCGUACAUACAUCAUUUUUACAAUACACCUUAAGGGAUUGAUUCUGCCCCACCAGAUCAGCGUAGCGUGUAAAACAAAUUUUUUGAAUCGAUAUUAGUUUUACUUUUAUUCGAGGU